CCUAGUUGCUUUUUUUAUUGGAAAGUUUUGGUGCUAAAAUUAACGAAAAUAUUUUUGUUACUGCAUCAAACCGACGCACGUUCAACGUGCGUACUUGUGUGAUUGUUUGUGACGGAUGGAGAUUUGAUAGCGUAGUAGAAAAGUAGUAGCUCUAGUGGAAGCAGUCCGUUCCGUGUCGGCAUCAAUCAACUGAACGAUAUGGAUUCCGAAGAUGGGGGAACCGCGAAGAAGUCCGGUCGGGGUCGUGGUCGGGCUCGUGGCACUCGGAGCCGCGGACGGGGUCGUGGCCGCGGACGCGGGAAGAAGGCAUCGCGUGUGAUAUCUUCGGACGAGGAGGAAGAGUUGGCGUCCCCCGAACCGGAGAAGGAAAUCGUAGAGGAAAUCAUCCCUGAGAAGGCCAGCAGUGGUAAGCAGCAGCGUCAGAUGGAAGAUGAAGUAAUCAAACAACCGCUGGCGCCCCCACCGGGCACGUUGAACCCGUUGCCAAUACCCGAGUCGGAACCGGGUCUGACGCCGACUACCACCAGCAUACCGCUAAUCAUUGAUAUGGAGGCUGACAUCUCCCAGCUGGAGGCACCCACCUUCACUACAAUCUCACGCGGUCCACCCGAACCGAUGGUGCGACUCAAUUGGAACCACAAGGUCAAUCUGAUCGGAGAAAAGGUGCUGAACCCGAUGAUAUACUGCUGCGAUCAGUGUGACAAACCGAUCCUCGUGUACGGGCGGAUGAUCCCGUGUAAGCAUGUCUUCUGUCUACGCUGUGCCCGCUCCGAAACACUCAAGAUGUGCCCACGUUGCAAAGAGAAAGUGGUGCGGGUGGAGCAAACCGCUCUUGGCACCGUUUUCAUGUGCACGCAUGGCGGUACGCGCUACGGAAAUACGGGCUGCCGACGAACCUACCUUUCACAGCGGGACCUCCAAGCUCACAUCAACCAUAGACAUAUUACGAACCCUCCGCCUUCGGAACAGACGGUAGUUUCUGCGACCGUCCCGCAACAACAGCAGCAGCAGCUGAGCCAACUAGAGUUAUCGCCUCGAAGCAAGAUGAUGCUCGAGAAGGGAGCACCGGUGACCGGCACCAAUGGCAUGCCGAUGCGGAAAAACUCGGGAUCAAAUGAGUUUGACACGUACAGCUACAACUACACCAGUAGCAGCAACUGUACUAAUGCCUACUCCACCAAUCACUCCGGUAGUUCUGGCACACAGCACUCCCAAUCAUCGAUCGGCGUCUCGCAGCAGUCCCGUACCGGAUUCUCGCCGUAUGGACAGCAAGCUUCACCUCAGCAUAGCGUCAUUUCUUCCCAGGCUACAUUGGGAUCGUCGUCACUGUGGAUGCAAUCAUCCAGCCAGUACUACCGUUGAACUUUCUGUAAAGCGAAAUUCGCUGCCCAGCGGGACUAAGAUAUGACGAAAGCAAACGAAUGCCUUUGUAUGUAUGGUAAUUUCUUUUAUUGUAUGUUAUAUCACCCUUUAUCUUAACUUACAGUGAAUGCUUAUAUGUAGAGUUCUCGUUUCGCUGUUUAGCUACCAAGAAUCGAAGUGAAGAGGCUCUAUCUUUUGUGAAUGUAAUACCUCCGCUAUCCUCCUGUAUCUCUUACUCUGAACUUCACCGUGCCAGAUAAUCUAGAUAUGGCUGGCAAGCCCUUAUGAGAUCCUUAUGCACUUUAAGGUUUGAACAAGAGAUCACGCCUUGGAACCUAUCUAACAGUUAGUAGUAUUGACAAAGAUAGAUUGAAAACAGGCUAUAUUUCGUGGAUUCGUGGUUUGGUGAAUCAGCUAACAUUUACAAAAAAUAUUUUGUUGGAUGCAUUUUUCUUUGUGCCCCAAAGGCCCAGCCCGGUGCUCGGUGCACACUUGGGGCACCCGACCGUGGCCAAUCGAAAUCACCUUCACGGAAGACAACAUCUAUCCUUUCUCGCUCUCGCUCUCUCUCUCUUUCACUCGCUUUCCCUGUCGGCCAGGGAUGCGUGGUUUGAGGGAAGCCCGCGGGUAGGUUCGUUCGUUCCGGGCUUCCUUGCACCGCGCCUCCACGACGGAGCUCGUCCGCGCCUCAGUGCACAAUCAUUAGAUGCACUUCGGGUCCCUCGGAUCUCGCUAAAGGUUGACAAAGGAUUCUGGAGCCUUUUGACAGCCUUUUGGAAAAAAAAUCCUUGACCCGCGAAUACGUAAAUUUCAGUUAAAAAUACAAAAUACGAGUAAUAAAUAGUGUACUAUAAAUAUAUAUAUAAAUACGAAUACAAAUUUUGACUGGAGUUGGCUGGAAUAAUAAUUUUUCACUUGAUAUUUAUAAAGCAGUAUAAUACCAGGAAGAAUAAUGCUUAAAAAAUACCAAAAACACCCCCCAAACGGUGGAUAAUCUGGAAACAAUUUUUAUUGCACCCUCUACACUGGUACGAGAUUCACGCCCCGCACUGUAGCGAAGUGCACUGCGCUGAACAUCGUUGACAGCCGUUUGUUUACGAAAUUUGAAGGGGGGGGGGGGGCAAAAAAAUCCCUCCAUCCAAUCCAAUCCCUUGCCAGCAUCAUUUCAUUCAAUAGUUUUUCACCCAUUUUCCACUCUUUGGCACGGUCAACUUUGCACAACACACAAAAACGAACGAACGGACGAACGAAACCACGAACGCGCACAAUUUGAGUCCGCACGAUUUGGUUGAAUGAAGAAGGACGAAGAACGCAAAUUUCCGCUGCCGAGCGACGGGCAUACGAGUCAUCCGGUACGAUUAU